GAUGAUGUGAAUACGGGCAAGAGACCUCAUACUCAUAUUCUCGAUUUCAUCGAUUUGAGCAAUCAGAGACACACGGGUGGUAACAUAAAAUCCGCUUUGUUUAGCUGCCUUACAGAGUAUUCCAUUAGUCGUAAAGUGAGCAGCAUUUCAUUAGACAAUGGUUCAAACAACAUCUCAAUGCUUGAAGACUUGGAUGAAGAAAUUCAAAAUGGCCUUGGAUCAAAGGAUUUUGGGAGUAUUGUCAAGGUAAGAUGCAUGCAUCUAUCGAGUUUUUCUCGACUUAAUGAAGGGCUUUGAAAUGCACCACAAACAAGAAUUGACAAACUAGCUUACUUCACCAAGAGUGAUGUUUAUAUCAGGAGUAAGAUUCAGACUUAUAUUCCGUGCACUAUUCCAAAGCACAACACUACAAGGUUUAUCUCGCGUUAUCGUCAGCUAGACGCUUUUUUGAAUGUUUCAAAAGGUGCCAAAGCGUUUUUUUUUCGACAAUCGCUUCGAUCCUGAAUAUCUGCUUACACAGGAAGACUGUUCUAUAUUUUUUUUAUGAACAAGCAGAAAUAGAAUCCAUUCUCUUUUUGCUGCGGCUCACUCGAAUCUUUUAUGAGUUCACGAUGUUGUUACAAGAUAAUUCCAUGAACUCUUUAUAUCAUGGAAUUGAGUAUUACAUGCAGCUAAACUAGUAUUUUGAUUCUUGUGAAAGCAUUAAAAAUGGUUCAAUCGAUAGCGAUCAUUUACAAUCCGCGGUACUGAAGUCAACUCAUUUUCGUGCACCCAAAGAAACACAGGAUGAGAUCCUAGGUGCAAUUAUAGCGGCGCGUCCCAAAUUUGAAAAAUACAUAAAGGUCGCCUAUGAAGAACCUGGCUAUUGGGCUGCACAUAUCUUGCAACCGCACUGCAAAUCGCAUUUGUUAACUACUGUUUUUGAUCAGCCGUUCUCAAACUAUGUUUUAGAAUUGGUUAGUCGGUAUGUCACCCAGUAUAUGAAGAGGUUCAACGAAAAUUCCGUUAUUCAUUUAAAUGAUGAGCAUCUGAUUCCAGCAAGACUCAGACCCGUCCAAGGCAAGAAGUUCAAAAUCACGAGAAACCUGUUUAAAUUUUGUGAACAGAACCUGGCAACCUGUAGCCGUGCAACAAAGAAUGAAUGGCAAAUUUUUUUGGACUAGCCAUUAGACACUGGAAAUAGCUAUUUGAAUUAAUGGCUCGCAAACAAAAACCGAUUUCCAGCUCUCUGCUCUCUAGCGCUUUCUCUUUUUCACACAAAAUUCUCGACCGCUGACGCUGUAAGGUGCUUUUCUAUAAGCAAGAGGGUUCUGGAGAGUAGGUUUUCACUUGCGAGCGAGAAUUUAAGACGGACCAUGAUUUUAAGAAACCGGAUGAAAGGCUUCAAAAUCUACUCAGAGAUGCUAGUGGCUAAACAUAUUGCAUGGGAUGCUUGGACUGAGGAUGAAGAAGCAUUCGAAUCGAUCAGUGAUUUAGCAUCAAGUUCCAAAAGACCUUCAAAAAAUAAAUCAAAGCCAAUUGUGAUGGUCUCAUCUAGUGACGAAAGCGAUAAUAACGAG